AUGUCCUUGACAUGGGUUCAGAAAUGUUUUGAGGUGUUGGAUAUGAUUAACAAGGAUUUUACUAGGCUGGUGGUGGAAAUAGACUACCCCAUGACGGCAUGGGGUGGAGCCGCCGCUGAAGAAUUUUUCAAAUACAGUUUACAGUCCAUGGACAUGUUGAAUUCUAUUACGUCUUCCAUUUCCCAUAUGAUACAGGCUAAGAUUUCCCUUUUCUAUGCUUUGAGCCUGGUUGAAAACUCCCCUUCUUCUGCAAAGGAAAAUCUGCUGCAAAACCAACCAAAAUGCAGUAGUAUCAAACUUGUAGAGGAUUUUAAAGUGGAAGGGUUAUUUUCUGGGAUUGAAGAAAAAUCUUGUUUUGGGAAGGAAUCUGUCAUUCUUCAAGCUUUCUCAGCAAUGAAGAGCAUUGAAUUUUGGGUGCUUGAUGCGAUAUUAUCGGGCAUGGAAACAAGAAAAUCAGCAGGGAACUUCAAUGGUUCCAACACAAACUGCCUGAAUUUAAGAUCUUGCAAAGAGAUCAAUGAAAAACCAGGUGCCAUGAAAGAGGUGAAAGAGGUACAAGAUGCAGCCAUGCAUCUUGCUGCGGAAAUAUCUACUGAAAGAUGCAAGGAGGCCGCCAAGGAACUGACGAGAAGAUUGGUUGUGCUAGAGAAUUCACUGCAGGAAAUCGAAAAGCAAACACAAUCUUUGUUUUCUCAACUUUUAGCUACCAGAAAUCAAUUGCUCGAAAACUUCCGAUUCAAGAGACAUGAGCCAUAG